CGCGCGGUAGCGCUGCGUGCCCUUCCGGCCGCCGCCGCCAUGCCGAUGAAGGGGCGCUUCCCGGUGCGCCGGACCCUGCAGUAUCUUAGCCAGGGCGACGUCGUGUUCAAGAGCUCGGUGAAGGUGAUGACCGUGAAUUACAACACGGCAGGAGAGCUGAGCGAAGGCGCGAGAAAGUUCGUGUUUUUCAACAUUCCCCAGAUCCAGUACAAGAACCCGUGGGUGCAGAUCAUGCUGUUCAGGAACAUGACUCCCUCGCCCUUCCUGCGGUUCUACCUGGACAAUGGAGAACAAGUUUUGGUUGAUGUAGAAGAUAAAACCAACAGAGAGAUAACAGAGCACAUUAAAAAAAUCCUGGGGAAAAGCAAAGAAAUGCUUGAAAAAGAAGAAAGAGAAAGGAAAAAACUAUCACAUCCAGCGACCUUUGGGCUCAAGAAGUAUCAUCUGCGAGAAUGUAUGUGUGAGAUUGAAGGCCAAGUUCCCUGCCCUGCUUUUGUACCAUUGCCCAAAGAGAUGAGGGGAAAAUACAAAGCUGCUGUGAAAAAUGAGGCAUGAGCCUGACAUUUCAAGACCUCAAGUUAUGCAGCUGUUUUUCCUCAGGACUGGACAAUAAAGGUGCUUCAGUGAGAGACAAGAGCCCGCAGUUUCUGAGAACAGGAACAAGCAAGUUCAUUCAAUACAGACAACUCUGCCUCAUAAGCCUUCUUACAGCUACAACUAGAAUAAUUAAGUGAAAAAUAAAUAAAAGUUAAAACUACCACACACAAAAUAAAUAAAUAAAUAAAUAAAAGCUGCGGUUCUGUGAAGUAUUGCAAGUCAGCACUUAA